AUGGCGGAAGGUACGCGGAUGAAGUCCAUGGAAGAGCAACUUCGCAAGCAAGAGCUCCUGAUACAAGGAAUUUUGGAUUCCAUGGCCACUGACAAAAGGAGUCUUGAAGACAAGAUCGAUGCGGUUAGCUCAGAGCUGAGUGGUAAGCUGGAUGCAUUCAUGGCGGCGCUCACUGUUCAGCUCACUAAUAGAGAUAAAGGACUCCUACGAACACCAGAAGUGGGUGGGAAUAGGAGUACUGAUAAUGGUGCCCAAGGGCAGCAGGAAAGGGGCUACCAAGCUGGAUUCUCUACAGGUAAUAUUAAGCUUGAAUUACCUGUCUUCAAAGGAGAACAACCGAGAGAGUGGAUCAGGAAGACACAAAAGUACUUCCAGUUGCAUCGCAUCCCCAAGGAGCAAUGGCUUGGGUUGGCCGAAUUCUACUUGGAGGAUAAGGCAGACGUGUGGUACCAAAGCUUCAAGGCAGGGAAAGACAACAUCGAAUGGGAAAGUUUCUCUGAGGAAUUACACCGAAGGUUUGGUCGGCUGGGACAAAUGGACCCUGUGGAGGAAUUCAACAAAUUGCAGUUGUCUACCACGGUUCUAGCCUACCAGGAGAAGUUCGAGGAUUUACGAUCCGAGGUAAUGAUCAGAGUUCCUCAUUUAUCCGAAUCUUAUUUUGUUUCUAGUUUUUUGAGUGGGUUGCCGGAAGAGUUGCGGUCAUUGGUCAGAACUCACAAACCAGAGACCCUUACUCAAGGUUUUGAGCUAGCAAGGCUGCAGGAAAAUGCCUUAGAAUCGAUUCUGAAGAGACAGAGAUCCAUACAUAAGACUUCCAGUAUAGCAACUUCCUACCCAACCACUACCAGCUCUCCCAGCAAAUCUGUCAUUGAGACAGCAAGUAAAAGGCCUAACGUACAAAGUUUCAAGAAAAUUUCCCCCGCAGAAAUACAGUAUAGGAGGGACUACCACUUGUGUUUCAAAUGUGGCGAGAAGUAUGGGUCGGGACAUCAGUGCAAACAGAAGGAAAUGCACCUCUUGUUGGCAAUGGAAGAAGAAGAUGUGGUGGCGGCGAGCCCAGGGGAUGAGGAGAUUAUUGAAUACCACGGGCACCAAGGGAAGAGGGAUGUAGAGUUUGCUAUUCAUGCAUUAACUGGAAAGAUGCUACACAACACUAUCAAAUUGAAGGGGCAGUACCAGGGGACGGAGAUGUCCAUUUCAGUGGAUGGAGGCAGCACACACAGCUUUGUGACCAAUGCUGUGGCUCAAAUCUGCCCAGCUUCAGUCCAACAGAUUAAGCCUUUCAGGGUGUGGGUGGCUAAUGGUCAAUACUUGUGGUGUCGGAAGAUGAUUCCCAAGAUGACAUGGGAGAUGCAGGGAAGAACCUUCAGCCAUAACAUGUUCGUCCUCAACCUGGAGCCUUAUGACAUGAUCGUGGGAGUGGACUGGAUGGCAGCCCAUAGCCCCAUCACUUUCGAUUUCAAGAACCUGAGCAUGGUCUUUGAUAAGGAUGGAGAUCAGGUGCUACUGCAGGGGGACACUAACGAGGCAACACUCAACUUACGAGUAGAUCCUAUUGAAGGGGAAGAAUGGAGUACCAAGCUAUGGAAGAGGUCGUGUGGCAUCAGGCUGUCAGAAGCUCAGGUAAAUGACUCUUUUCACCACUCUUUAGAUGCUUUACUUAAGGACUACAAAGAUGUUUUUGGAGAGCCAAACAACCUCACCCCUCAAGAACCUGUGACCAUCAAAUACCCCUAA